AUGGCUGAUAGCGUAGUUAGUUUUGUGCUGGAAAACUUGUCUCGGCUUGCGGCGCACGAAGCCAAUUUGCUAUGUGGCGUGGAGGACAAAGUGAAGCUCCUUGAGAGUCAGCUCAGAAUGAUGACUGUCUUUCUUAAGAACAGCGACCAAAACACACGGAAGAAGGAGAUCGAACAAGAGGUUGUGCGUCAAAUCACAGACAUCGCACAUGAAGCUGAGGAUGUCAUCGACACCUAUGUUGCCAAUGUUGCCCGCAACCAAAGGAGAAGUUGGGUGUCCAAGAUGCUCCAUGGUGUAGACCAUGCAAAGCUGCUGCACCACGUGGCAGAGAGAAUAGACAACAUUAAAGUCAGAAUUGACCAGAUUUAUGAGAACAGAAUCAAAUUCGACACCCAGGAAGCGGCAGGAUCUUCAACAGAUCAGGAGUUACAACUACUACACAAGCGAAGAAGGGACGUGGAAGAAGAUGACGUGGUGGGUUUUCAGCAUGGCACUACUGAAGUAAUCAAUCUCCUAGAGCAAGGGGGUCUACGUCGCAAUGUGGUGUCCAUCGUAGGUAUGGGCGGAUUGGGUAAAACUACUCUUGCUCGCAAGAUUUAUAACAGUGAUUAUGUUAAGAAUCGCUUCCAUUGUCAUGCUUGGGUUUAUGUGUCUAAUGACUAUAGACCUAAAGAGCUUUUGCUUGCUCUUCUUAAAUGCUUGAUGACAAUCUCUGCAAAUACUUGUUAUGAUAAUAACAAUAGCAGUCGCAAGCAUAAGACAAAAUCAAAGGGAAAAGGCAAAGCUGAAUCUGAUGAUUUUUAUAGUUUGAGUGAGGAAGAAUUGAGAGGCAAGGUACAACACUGUUUGAAAGAGAAGAGGUAUCUUGUAGUGUUAGAUGACAUAUGGAAACCUCAACAUUGGGAUGACCUGCAAGAUGCCUUCCCAGAUGAUAAUAAAAGCAGUAGAAUCUUGAUCACCAGUCGUUUGAAAGAGGUGGCUUCUCAUGCCAGCUCAUCUCCUCCUUACUAUCUCCCUUUUCUUAAUCAGGAAGAAAGUUGGGAGCUUUUCUCAAAGAGGGUGUUUCGAGGAGAAUGUGUGCCUUCUAAUCUAGAGUUACUAGGUAAGCAAAUGGCAGAAAGUUGUGGUGGCUUGCCACUGUCCAUUGUGGUACUUGCAGGGAUUCUGGCAAACAAGGAGAAGUCAUACCGGGAAUGGUCCAAGAUCAUCGGCCAUGUCAACUCAUAUCUCACUCAACCAGAAACACAAGUACAAGAUAUAGUGCUUAAACUUAGUUAUGAUAGCUUGCCUCCAAAAUUGAGGCCGUGCUUUCUAUAUUUUGGCAUGUUUCCUGAAGAUCAUGAGAUUCCUGUUAGACACUUAAUCCGGUUAUGGGUUGCUGAAGGAUUCAUUCUUCACAGUGAUUUCAGAAUUACAGAGGAUGUUGCAGAGGACUACUUGGAUGAGCUCAUUGAUCGUAGCUUAAUUCAAGUGGGAAGAAGGAGAAGUGACGGGGGAAUCAAGACAUGUCGCAUCCAUGAUUUGCUAAGAGAUCUUUGCAUAUCUGAGAGCGGGGAGGAGAAGAAGUCUUUGAAGUUUGCAGGGAUGUGA